AUGUCCUAACAUUAUUCUUGAUUGGUCCGAAUCAUCCUUUACUUACCAACCAACGAUAGUUGCAAGUAAAAGAUAGUCUUUAUUAUCAUCGUCAUCAUUGUGACUUUUCGUUUUCUUUGGUAGAAAACGAGCGAGGAUCAAUGUCGACGAAGACUCGAUUGUGCAAUUCAGUCGCGAUCGAGUCGAGAGAGUAGGAAACACUAGAUAGAUCGUCGUAACCAUUCCAACGUGAACCAUCGUGAACCAAGAUUUCUUUGCCUCGUGAUCGUUUCGUUUAAUCGAUCUUUGAUGUGCGAGUGAAUGGGUGUUUAAGUUUCUUCUGCCAUAAACGCGUCUAUUCUUACACAGGAAAGAAAUAAGAAGUUUAUUUUACUAUAAUCGUUUAAUACAAGGAUCGUAAAUAAGAUAAAGUAGAAAUAAUCUUUCUCUCUCUCUUUCUCUCUUUAUCUUUCUCUCUAUGUUGUUUGAUCAAUAUAUGUAUAUUGCAGAAAUAAUGUUUCAAAUAUUUUAUUAUGGAUCAGUAAUUGGUUUUAUUCUGUUUAUUUCAAUAGAUUAUUUUUAUCGUAAUAUUUAAUAGUGAAUUUCUUUACGAUUAGUUUGAUUCGAGAAUGACUGAUAGAAUUGAUAAAUAGAACCUAUAGUGAUUGACUAUUGUUCCAUAAUAUUCUGCGAUAUAAAUAUAUCAAUAAAUAUAUCGUUCUAAUGACUGCAGAAGCAAUUUAAACGUAUUAUAUUCCUUGCCACUUGCCAUUUUCUUUUUUUAUCUUAUAAACUUUAUUAGGAUUCUAUUUGGAACGCAUCAUUCAUAAAAAAAAAAGAAAAAAGACAAAGAAAAAAAAAAAAAAAAGAAACGAAAAAAUGUGAAGAUAUUUUGAUAAAUACGAAGAAUCCAUAAAACUGUUCUAUAAGUGGUCACACAGAAAAAUUGGAUCGUAUAUUGUUCGAUAAUGUAAAUUAUAUUCGAAUCAAAAAAGAAAAAGAAGAAAGGACUAAGAAUAAAUUUUAUCUGGAAAAAAUGUAUACUAUAUAGCAUACUAUACACGUGUUUCCUGAGUAAUUCGCUUAUCGAUCGUAGAUCAAGGUCGUUUUGAAAUCGUUAAUAUACUAACAACAUUCUCAAAUGUAAAGCAAAAUUGUGAUUACAGUAUCGUCGAAAAUUCAACGAUCCUUAAGUAACAAAAGUUUGCUUGACCGCAAGUAUAUUCAAUUGUAUUAGAGUUGCAUCUUCUAAAUAUAACGAGUAUUAUUAAUAGAAUAUAAUGAUGUCCGUGAAUAGUUCAGAAAAAGGACACUUUCAUUGGGUUGAUUGGCUAGUUUUUACCAUUAUGCUAACCAUGUCCGCCGCCGCUGGCAUUUGGCAUUACAAGAGUGCACAACAAUCUUCCGUAGAGAAUUAUUUGCUCGGUGGAAGAAAACUUAGACUUUGGCCAGUUUCUGCAUCUCUGAUUGCCAGUUUCAUAUCUGGAGUAACAAUUGUUGGAGCUCCUGCAGAAAUUUAUAAUUUUGGUACACAAUAUUGGAUCACCGUGAUAUCUUUGCUUUUUUCCGGAAUAGUCGUUGCAAACAUUUAUUUGCCCGUCUUUGUGAACUUACAAUUAAACUCGGCAUACGAGUAUCUGGAAAUAAGAUUUAACAAGGGCGUUAGAAUUUUAAUAUCACUGAUAUUCGUUUUGGAUGCAGUUCUCUAUCAAUCGAUAGUAGUUUACGUGCCUGCGUUGGCAUUAAAUCAAGUAAGUGAUAUCAACACGCACAUCAUCGGCGCCAUUUUAUGCGGAGUGUGCGUCUUUUACACGGUUCUUGGUGGUUUAAAAGCAGUAGUUUGGACUGAUAUGCUUCAAGUUAUAAUAAUGAUCCUAGCCAUGAUCAUCGUGACUGUGUUAGGCACUUGGGAAGCCGGCGGUCCAUCCGAAAUAUGGCAGAAGGCGCGAGAAGCUAAUAGAAUAGAAUUUUUUAACUUCGAUUCUUCUCCGUACACAAGACACACUGUCUGGAGUGUUUUAAUUGGUUCUUGGCUCUAUUCUACGGCGUACAUCGCCGUAAAUCAAACGAUGGUCCAACGGUAUAUAUCAUUGAGAACUAUGAAGACAUCUAAAUUAGCUAUAGGGAUAUCUAUUAUUGGCAUAAUUAUUUUUAUUUCGCUAUGUUGCUGGUGUGGAUUGGUUCUUUUAGCUUGGUGGUCACCACCAAAAUGCGAUCCAAGAGCUAUUGGUUUAAUUACGGCCGAUGAUCAAUUACUUCCAGCUUUCGUAAUGCAAGCUGCUGGUUAUUUGCACGGUAUACCUGGUCUUUUCAUUGCUGGAAUUUUUGGAGCUGCCCUUAGCUCUCUAUCAGUAGGAUUCAAUUCCACUUCUGUAGUUCUUUUAGAAGACUUCGUGAAGAGUUGCUUUGGUCUACAACCGAGCGAACGUUGUUCAACGAUUUUAGUUAAAAGUAUAAUUAUCUUUCUUGGUUUAUUCGCGUUGGCUUUUGUCUUUUUCAUCGAAACAUUGGGAGGCAUUCUGGUGGUUACGAACAGUUUAGCCGCAAUUGCCGCAGGAAUUUCCUUUGGAGUCUUCACUCUUGGAAUGCUUUUUCCGUGGGCUAAUUCUCAGGGUGCAUUCGUAGGUGCUGUUGUGGGAUUUUUAAUAGCUGGUUGGGCAUGUUUCGGAGCAAAUAUAUCGAUCAGUGCUGGUGUCAUAGUACCUAAGAAGCUUCCGGUACCACUCGCUCAGUGUCCAGGAAAUAUAAGUCAAGCUUUCCUAAAUCAAUUUGUUCAUCAUAACGAAGAAGAUGUGUUUGCUCUUUACCUAUUGUCCUAUCAUUGGUUUUCCGGAUUGGGUACGCUUAUAGUAAUUGUAGUUGGAGGAAUAGUCACUUGGUUGACGGGACCAAAGGAUCCUUCUUAUAUCGAUAGAAAGUUGCUGUCUCCGGUAAUACAUAGAUGGUUACCUUAUCCAAAAUAUCAGAACGAGGAAUGGUAUCGAUCAAUGACUGAACCCCAAUCUUCGGUAAAUCUUUUAUUAAACAAUCUACCGAACAAAUCCAAACGUAGUGAUAUGUCCAAAAAGAAAGAGAAUCAAAAUGACGUAGCAGUUUCUUGACUAUAUCGAAAUGCUGUAAAAAUGUAUAGAAAAUAUCGCUUAUAUUGAUUUUUUAAUUUUUUAUUAUGUAGAAUGUAAAUGUAAUGUUAGAAUCUUAAUGACGCACUAACAUAGUGGGUAUAUAAUGUUAUAAAAAGAGAACGAAGUGUGAAACGAAGGAAAAAUAUAUUUUUAUAUGUUCGUAAAUAA